AUGACCAAAGGAUUUGCAACAAGGUCCUUCAAGGUCCAUGAAAUGCUGAGGAAACUGAACUAUGAGAAAAGAUUUAGGAAAAGAGAUCUCGUCACACCGGCGAGACGAAAAAAAAUGGGGAGGCAUGAUCGCGACAUACCAAAUUUUAAGCAGAACACGAGGGGAACCUGGAUGGACACAAGUGACGGCAAGAAAGAAUCAGAUGGAGCCUACAAGCUGAAGCUUGAUUCUAAAACCCACAUUCACUUGAUAUACUCGCGACAAAACAAUUACAGUAGCUGUCUCCUGUUGAAAAUAACCCAAGAUUUUUUCUGCACGAUUCCUGACGCCACCAAAGGCACACUUGUAAAUAACGUGUUAUCUACAGCAGCUGAAAAAAAAAUGGUGAGCGUAUUCCAUGAAAAUUACACAAUACAGCACAAGACCAGCGCCGUCGUCAACUACCAGGGGGCUGCUGUACCUCCUGACGGUGCAGCUGUGUCUGGCCUCCCCUCACAGGCUGCUAUACCCCCUGACGGUGCAGCUGUGUCUGGCCACCCAUCACAGGCUGCUGUACCCCCUGACGGUGCAGCUGUGUCUGGCUACCCCUCACAGGCUGCUGUACCCCUCGACGGUGCAGCUGUGUCCGGCCUCCCCUCACAGGCUGCUGUACCCCCUGACGGUGCAGCUGUGUCUGGCCUCCCCUCACAGGCUGCUGUACGUCCUGACGGUGCAGCUGUGUCUGGCCUCCCCUCACAGGCUGCUGUACCUCCUGACGGUGCAGCUGUGUCUGGCCUCCCCUCACAGGCUGCUGUACCCCCUGACGGUGCAGCUGUGUCUGGCCUCCCCUCACAGGCUGCUGUACGUCCUGACGGUGCAGCUGUGUCUGGCCUCCCCUCACAGGCUGCUGUACCUCCUGACGGUGCAGCUGUGUCUGGCCUCCCCUCACAGGCUGCUGUACCUCCUGACGGUGCAGCUGUGUCCGGCCUCCCCUCACAGGCUGCUGUACCCCCUGACGGUGCAGCUGUGUCUGGCCUCCCCUCACAGGCUGCUAUACCCCCUGACGGUGCAGCUGUGUCUGGCCUCCCCUCACAGGCUGCUGUACCACCUGACGGUGCAGCUGUGUCUGGCCUCCCCUCACAGGCUGCUGUACCUCCUGACGGUGCAGCUGUGUCUGGCCACCCAUCACAGGCUGCUAUACCCCCUGACGGUGCAGCUGUGUCUGGCCACCCAUCACAGGCUGCUGUACCACCUGACGGUGCAGCUGUGUCCGGCCUCCCCUCACAGGCUGCUGUACCUCCUGACGGUGCAGCUGUGUCCGGCCUCCCCUCACAGGCUGCUGUACCUCCUGACGGUGCAGCUGUGUCUGGCCUCCCCUCACAGGCUGCUGUACCUCCUGACGGUGCAGCUGUGUCUGGCUACCCCUCACAGGCUGCUGUACCCCCUGACGGUGCAGCUGUGUCUGGCCUCCCCUCACAGGCUGCUAUACCCCCUGACGGUGCAGCUGUGUCUGGCCUCCCCUCACAGGCUGCUGUACCUCCUGACGGUGCAGCUGUGUCUGGCCUCCCCUCACAGGCUGCUGUACCUCCUGACGGUGCAGCUGUGUCUGGCCUCCCCUCACAGGCUGCUGUACCUCCUGACGGUGCAGCUGUGUCUGGCCACCCAUCACAGGCUGCUGUACCUCCUGACGGUGCAGCUGUGUCUGGCCUCCCCUCACAGGCUGCUAUACCCCCUGACGGUGCAGCUGUGUCUGGCCUCCCCUCACAGGCUGCUGUACCUCCUGACGGUGCAGCUGUGUCUGGCCUCCCCUCACAGGCUGCUAUACCCCCUGACGGUGCAGCUGUGUCUGGCCACCCAUCACAGGCUGCUGUACCACCUGACGGUGCAGCUGUGUCUGGCCACCCAUCACAGGCUGCUGUACCCCCUGACGGUGCAGCUGUGUCUGGCCUCCCCUCACAGGCUGCUAUACCCCCUGACGGUGCAGCUGUGUCUGGCCACCCAUCACAGGCUGCUGUACCACCUGACGGUGCAGCUGUGUCCGGCCUCCCCUCACAGGCUGCUGUACCCCCCUGA